CACGAGAAAUUCAAAAUUUGAAAAAAAAUAGAAUCAAAACUUCAAAACUUCGGAGAAAUUGGGGGUCAAAGCAACUUGCGAUUGCGUCGAUCCAGAGAGAUUGAAGAGGUCUUAGUAUUGAACCCUAGAAUUGGGUCUCGACAGCAGCAGUAGCAGAAGUCCCUCUCUCCUCGAUUAUUCUAAAUACCGCCAUGGUCGAUCCGGAUGCCGCCGGUUCCGGCAAGAAAAUCCUCGCCAUUCUUUCCGGGUCGAAGGUUACGGUAUGGGAUUUGCCACCGUCGCCGAUCCUUGGUCGCGAGAAUUCUUCAGACGCCGACCCGGGCGUUCGUUCGUUUGAUCCGUACCCACAGUCCGAAGACGCGAUGCCGAUCUCUAGCCUCGCCUGGAACCACAACCAAAUGGUAAUCGCUACCUCCUCCGGUAUCCCGACCGACGAAUUUGCCCAUGACAAUGUUGUCCUGCUUUCUUCCCAGAGCGGACAGAAGCUGGAUUCCUUUCAGCACGACUGGGGGUGGAAACAAAAACGGAAAUUCGCCCUUCAGCAAGAGCAGCAGUGGCAAGAGAGCAGCACACAAGGGAGCAUCGUAAACAGCAUCAGCUUCGGUGGGAAAAGCCGUUACCUGUGCAUAGGUGACGAAAGCGGAGCCGUCUGUUUGUGGGACCUGAAGAAAAAGGUGAGGGUGCGUCAGUUUUUUCACAACCCGAUCGGUGGUGCAGGGGACAACGGUGGAAAGUGUAACUUCGCUGGCUUUUCUUCCCUUCAGGUGUCGCUCGACCCGACGGAUACCUAUGUGAUGAGUUUGUCGCCGAGGGCGAUGUAUCAAUACAAUCUCCGUGACGGCCAACUGUUGGGAAGCCUAGAAGUUCCAAAAGACGACGACAGCAAAGACAAGCAAGGCACAUGUCUUUUUACCGUAUUUGCGAUUUCCAAUCUCGAACCCAAUAUCUGCGCCAUUGGAACCAGUGGCGGCAACAUCUAUUUGUACGACAUUUCUGCUCCCCAUGGCUUAGAUCAAACGUCGACGCCACACGCGAAGAUAAUCCGACGACACAACGGGAGGGUGACCGGGUUGGUGUUUUCACCGGAAAAUCCAAACACUUUUUUAAGCAGUGGAACCGACGGGAUUGUGUAUGUACACAACAAAUCGAACGGAACGAGGCACAAAGUUUGCAGUGCCCCAGAUACCAACAACCCCAUUCAGACACUGAGCCUACAUGCAGACGGUGUGACGUGCGCCAUCGGCUGCCGAUCGGGGGACGUAUAUGUUUAUGACCUUCAAUAUAUCAUCAAGGGGGGAGACAUGCCAGCACCGUUGCUAGCGACUCAUCAAUCUAGCGAUCCGAUCAAUUCGCUGGUUUUUGCUCCUCCGCCAAAAGCAAAGGACCCGCAGAAGCCAAAAUCGGGCAUUCCGUCCGAGCAGCACAACGAAGAAAAAGUAACGCAACAAAAAGAACAACAGCAGCAACAACAACAACAACAAGAUGAAAAACGAACCAAACAACAAGAGAAUUUUUUCUCCAACGGUAGCAAACCACCAUCUGUGAAGGCUAGCGCUGCUGACACGACGGACAAGACGCCGAAGAGUGCAUCGAAAAUAUCUUCCGCAUCUGCGACGGAGAAGAUCAAAUUACCGCUGUCUUCGCCGAAGAAAACACCGCCGUUCCUAUUCCACAAAAACCUAGACAUUCCAACAUCGCCCAAACGCAAGAAAAGUAUGGUAAGAGCGAUCAAUGUCGUGGUGUACUUGUGUUUUGGUUGUUUCAGUCAAUGUUGUCUGGAAAUGUUUUGUUGCAGUAGCCCAUUUUUGCAUUUAUCUUGCGGGUGAAUAGCAAUUGGUGGAAAAUCCUCACUCGAUGGCCACUUGAAACGUAUCCUUUGUCCUCUUUUUGCACCGUCCACGCGAUGAAAAUAGACCGAUGAAGUUCGAGAAGUGGUGCGGGAAGAGGUAGAAAAUUUGCAGGAUGAAAUGGAAGAGCAAUUUCGAAAUCUCCACAUCGACGUGAUAAAUCAAUUCCAUCGGCAAUCUCAAGAAUUCGAAGCAAUACUCUCGAAACACAUGGCAGUCCUGGAGCGAUUGAGCAACGAAAACCAACUGCUCCGCGAAGAGAACGAGCGUUUUCGUCGAGGCGAAGAGGGGUAGGGGAUCAUUUGGCAAAAUAGAAUUGUGCGGUUUGC